GGGGGCUUACUGCUGUGCGUUGUGGUUGCAUGACCAAUGUUGCCCCAAUGAAGGGUGUUCAGUGGGAAACGAGCACAAGGAGACUGCCUGUUAGUCAUGAGUACAGUGCAUAGAUACUGAUGCCGUCAGCUCCUGGGACGGUAAGAGUUCAGACUCGGAGAAUGCCUUCGUGCACGGUGCAGGGACCCAAUUAUGGCACCGUCAUCUUGGCACCUUAUCUAUCACUCCAUCUGGCUUGGCCUAUAUCCCAUAUCGAGGCCCAUCAGUUACACUGUGACGUUGAACAACAAGCUACUAUAGUCUUCCACUGCGGCCUUUCGCCAAUAAGUCCAAGACAGGAACGCCUGGCAAGAUGCCAAUCUACAUGGCGCUCCUUGUUCGAAGACUCGGAUCCGUGUCUCGCAGACCACUGGAAUAAUCUCGGGCCAAAAUGCACUCUGGGGCUGAUGGAAGCUGCACAUCACGACUCUAGGGCAACCCCAUAUCCGCCCAACUUCGCUUUAUUUAGAAAGACCUUUCCAAGUAUCGAUUGCGGUAUGUUAUGUACUAGCACACACACACUGCAGUGGCGUGACAAAACAACACAUUUUCACGGCCACCCAGCGACGUACGAGGGCGCGCGGAGAUCAGUGGAAAUGUGCAACUCUUUCUCUGUUCGUCAUUCCUUUGAAGUUCUUUUACUGCUUAUUCGCUCUGGUAUGAACUCAAUCACAGUUGACCCAUGGAUGAGUCUUGAAGACAGGCAUUUGUUCCUUCGCAGUGAAACCCUUUGCCAACUCUUGGCGUUGUCGGUGAUGCUCAUCGAUACGGACUUUGGCCGGCUCAAACAUAGUGACUUCUAAGUCCGGCUCCGAAGCCAUUUUUUAUGUCAGUGUAGCUCCCAAGAGGGUCUCGGGAAGAUCGAGGGAAGAUCGACGAUUGGCACCCGGCCGGCGCUGUCGAUAAUAUUUUUAGUUGC